AAGAAGAAAAGAAAUUAUCUGGCCACCCAACCAUAACUCUAUAUAUAUCCCCUAAACCCUCCUUCAACUCGUCAGUAUCAAAUCCAAAUUAUCCUUGAAAACUCACACAAAAGUCAAAUCACACACUAUAUUUAUAAACUUUCACUAUACAUUCAACAAAAAUGGCUCCGCCAAACCUCGAACCCGCGACCACAAAGCCAACUUUGGGCUCAGUUGGUAAGCAUAAUAUGGGCCGGGCCUAUGUAACGUUCUUAGCGGGCAACGGAGAUUAUAUCAAAGGUGUUGUUGGGCUGGCUAAGGGCUUAAGAAAGGCCCGGGCAGCUUACCCGUUGGUAGUGGCGGUGCUGCCCGACGUACCCGAAGAACACCGUAGGAUAUUGGUGUCUCAAGGGUGCAUAGUUCGGGAGAUUGAACCCGUUUACCCGCCUGAUAAUCAAACUCAAUUUGCUAUGGCUUAUUAUGUCAUUAAUUACUCUAAGCUUCGCAUUUGGGAGUUUGUGGAGUACACGAAGAUGAUAUACUUAGAUGGGGAUAUUCAAGUGUACGAUAAUAUAGACCAUCUUUUCGACCUUCCCAACGGCUACUUUUAUGCUGUAAUGGACUGCUUUUGUGAGAAGACAUGGAAUCAUACUCCUCAAUACAAGAUUGGAUAUUGUCAGCAAAGCCCAAAUAGAGUGUGCUGGCCCGAAGAGGAGUUGGGCCCAAAGCCUGCUAAAUACUUUAAUGCUGGCAUGUUCGUCUUUGAGCCCAGUCUCUCCACUUACCUUGACCUCCUUAACACUCUCCAAGUCACCCCUCCUACUCCUUUUGCUGAACAGGAUUUCUUGAACAUGUACUUCAAGGACAUAUACAAGCCCAUCCCAUCAAUAUACAACCUUGUGAUGGCCAUGCUAUGGCGCCAUCCAGAGAACAUCAACUUAGAGGAAGUCAAAGUUGUUCACUAUUGUGCAAACGGUUCAAAGCCCUGGAGGUAUACAGGAAAAGAAGAGAACAUGGAUAGAGAAGACAUAAAAUUGCUGGUAAACAAAUGGUUGGACAUAUAUAACGAUGAAUCCCUUGAUUACAAGCCUGAAGUUGAGGCUCAUCGUCGAAAGUUGCAACCUUUCAAGGCGGCGCUAUCGGAGGCUGGUAUUCUUCACUAUGUUUCCGCCCCAUCUGCUGCUUAGAACGAGCUCCCUAGUGGAUAUAUAUCCAUUUUUUUUUUUUUUUUGUUGUACAAAUUUAUUGUUGGGGUUUCUUUUUGUUUGGCUUUUGUUUAUGUAAAAAGAUGAACUAGAAAAUAGUGUCCCUUGAUAUCCCUUUUUCUUACUUUUCUGUGAGCUUUAGAAUUUGUGAAAAUAUUGUAAAAAUUAUGCGAGUAUGCAGUUAUUUACUUAGUAA